AUGCCACCUCAAAGUUCUUCUAUCUCAAUUCGAUGUCUGGCACGGGUUGCUGGCAUCCCACGUCUCUGCAAAAAAGCAUGGGGUGCUGCUACCUGGCAACCUUCACAGCGACAUCAUACACUUUUUCUCCUUUUCGGCUGGCCAAUGUUUUGUUAUGGAUUCCAAUACGCAUUCCCGCUCCUUUUAUUAUACGCAAGCUAUCACAAGCAACAAGCACUACCUUCCAAAAAGGACGAUGAUGCCGAUGAACGAUUGGAACGUGCACUUGAAACACUCAACUUUAUUGAUCGACUCGAGCGAGCAUGGGAUAGUCACUGUCAUUGGCAAAUGAUGACAUUAAUGGUCAGUGCAUGGAUCGGUUUGAUUACUGUAUUCCAGCCAUGGCAAGUGAUGUGGGCCGUGGGAACUGUAUUUGUUCUUGCCAAUAAUCCUCUGCUGACAACCAUGUGGAAAGGAUGCAUGCCAACUGUAUUUUUACAUUCACUUUGGCUUGCCUUGGUACAUAAGCAAUCAUCUGAAGAAGAAGGCGAUCCGCGUAAUGUAUCCCUCACGCAACACGUGGAAGACUUCCAACGUAAGCAUAUGCAAGCAAACACGCCAUCUUGUGAAUUUGAAUUUGUAUUGUAUGAAAAUCAGCGAUCAUGGCCUUUGAGUGGGUGGAAGACACAAACAUUCCCUAUCAUUGAUCGUGCAACAUGGACUGACAGCACAAGUAAACCCGUUCGCCCUAAAUCACAAUUUGAGCUCCCUGAAACUAUUCACGCAGGAAGGCAUACAUGGACAUGGCAAUGGGCUGAACAAGAAUGGCGAUUGGCAAAUCCUGCCCAUGGUCAAAGUGAUGAGCUUGGAUGGAUGUAUGGAACUCCUUUCUGGUCAGUGUUUGGUGCAGAGCAUAAAGGCUGGAUCUCCACUCGACGCCGUCGUUGGGCACGUAAAGCUGUGCUUUCUUGUAUGCCACCACCAUCACGUGCUUCUUCACGAGAUUCGUUACCAACACCACCACAAUCAGCACCAGCAUCAACAACAACAGCAGCAGGAGCACAACAAAAACAACAACAACAACGAUCCUUAUCCAUUAUUACCACUCCAUCACAAACACAAACACCUACAUCACCUCCUGUGAGCCCAACACCAAGCAAAAAAGGUGGCAUCAACUUAUCGAGUCUCACCCUUGACAGCUUCACAUCAUCAACUAAUCUCAAACGAUCCCAAACACAAGCUACUGCUGCUACUGCUGCUGCAUCCAAUCGACGCGAAAGUGGCACAUCAUGGAAAAGUAUUGUGCGUGUCAAACGUUGA